GGACUGUAAUACUGCCAUUUCUUUUCAAUUAUUUAUAACAUUUCUACGAAAUCGUGCAGACCUUUUAGAAACUUUGGAACUAUCUCGUUGUUCUCAACCUGCACAAAAGAGGACAAGCAAUAUUAAGAGUAUGGUGUCGAUUGCACAAUGUUCAAAAAUUCAAAAUAACGAGAAGCCUUCGUUACAGUUAUGUCCUAAUUGCAAAUGCGAACAUAAAUUAAGCAAUUGUCCCAAGUUUUUAGAACUUACUUACGAACAGCGUUUGGAACUUUUACCCAAAUUAAAGGUUUGUUUCAAUUGUUUACGUUCAGGUCACUAUGCAAACAAUUGUAGAACUACGGGUUGUAAAAUAUGUAAAAAGCGACAUAAUGUUCUAAUUCACAUUCCAGAUCUGAAGUAUAAGCCAACAACUAAUGUAUGUUCUAACACUGAGGACCGCUCCGCACUUUCUCCCGCAAACCCGACACAAAGCAGUGACGAGCCCUCUGGUAAUGUCACGUUGUCUGCUCAACUUUCAACCUACUUGCCCAACAGAACGCAGCAAAAAGUCGUGUGGCGCCUAUAAAGCCCACCACGAUCCCGAG